CUAAAUAAUUGAGAUUUCCCCCCAAAAAGGGCUCUCCACUCUCACGCCGGCAGCAAUACCGACGCCCCCCACCCCGGCGGCGUGCAGAUCCGGUGCAGCACCUGCGACUCGAAGCCACGAACGACCCACGACGAUCGGAGGUGAGAUCUGUAGUUGAUUCGUUGUUCGAUUAGAGGAAUGGGAGAUUUCUCAGGAAAGAUCAACAUUGAGGAGUUGUUAUCCUAUGGCAAUGAUCUGGUUGCACUCUUGAAGGACCAAAAGGACGUUCAAACCUUGAAUCAAUGUCUCGAACAUGUCAAGGCUCUUCAAUCUUUUUGCGAUGAUGAUUUCAGUAAUGUUCACAGUUCAGUUCAAGAUUAUGAGAAGAAAAUCGAGGCAUGCCGGCAGAAAACGGAGGAGGCGAAAGCGAGAACUGUUGCAGAUGCUGAAAUGGAUGUUCUCGAAGAGGAGCUCGAAGAGGAACUUAGGAAAGAACAUUUGCUCAUGGAGGAGAUUAGACUUGUCACCAGUGAGAUUAAUGAACUAGACUGCCAAAGGAUUUCUGUUCAAGAAAGGAAGCAGGCGAUGAAGAAACUUGAGCAACAAGAACUUAGAGCUCAGAGGAAGCUUUCAAUGUAUGCUUCGGUCACUGAUAUAAUUCCAAACAUGGAUGAUCAGUCUAAAAUUUCUGGCCAUAUUGUGGAUAGAAACAAAAGGGUGGUGCAGAAGUUCGAAUUGGACCCGACUAAGACAUCUGCUUUUGAUAUAUGCAAUAGCAUUUGGGAUAUGAUUAAUUCCCCUUAGUACCAGACAUCAAUUACAUUGUGAAUUAGCUUGUCAUAGCCUUCUUCUUCUUUCUUCAUUUCAUGCUAUUAAAAUAGGAUGUUUGUUUUGUUGUAUAUGUAUGUUUAAAGAACUAAUCUCUGAAGUACUGUGUCGUCUAUGAUAUCUUAUUGUAAAUCACAUCUCCUUGCUAAUUUUUGGAUCAAAGAACCCACCUUCUAGCAGUUGUUUUGUUUGUAUGCAUCUUCUGUACGAAACAAGACACCAUGACUUACUGAGUGAGUUAACUUUUACAAACUUUGCCCAUUAGUUUGGCUUUUAUUCUAUUUCUAUAUUGGAAGUAAGCAAUUCACUCUAACCCAUAAGUUCUUUAUGUUACUUGAUUAACAUAAGUUGCUGGAUGAGUUACUCUCUAGUCUGUAUUGUUGGCUUGACCUGCAGGCCAAGGGUACAGCAUUCCCAUGGUAAGGCUUGCAAAUAUAGGUUGCAAACAUUUUAUAAGGCUGCUUUCUUCACUCCUCACAUCCAUUAAUGGAUAUGUAUGGGAUAGACCAAAACAACCGGAAAUGUUUCAAAAAAAGUCAGGCAUACGGUGUACAAAAAGUUCACGCCCUUCUUUAUCACAAAACCCUUAUCACUUAGUUUUCGACUUUUCAGAAAUAUAUUAGCCAAUAAAUUAGUAGUAGAUAAGCAAUUUCGCCGGCAUACCGUUGUGUAAGCUGCAGUUUAUGUUGAAGUUUAUGAUUUGUGAGCCAUAAACGAAAUAUCUAGUUGCAUUGUCUUUCUAGUUGAAUUGUCUUUAUGUGAUGCAUAUAUUUACUUCAGUUGUUUGCAUCUCUUUACAUUAUAUUGCUUCUAACAAGGAGGCACAUACGGUUGCUAUUGGAGAUAAGGUGUCACAUGCUUUCUUCAACCUUUUAAAUUGAAGUGUUAAUAGUUCCUCUUAAGCUUUCUUGCAAAAUUCUAUGUUCCAUGAAUUUCAGCCCUUUGUAGUUUUAAAUCUUUUGUAUGACUGAUAUGAAGAGUAUGAGGCAUGUUUUGAUUAAGUCAAGAGUGCCCAUUAUGACAGCUUUAGUUUUUUGAUACAACAAUUUAUAUCUAAUCCUAAUGGUUGUUAAAAAUGAUUAGAUCAUAUAAUCAUGGGUUGUAAAAAUACAUUACUAUGAUGGGAUGUCGUUGUAUCGAACUCUUGUUCUAAUUGAUGAUAUUGUAUGUUAUUGAUAGUAGUGAUUGGUGCCAUAAAUGAUACUCAUAUGUAGAACUAGUAGCGAAGGAACAAGUAUUGUUCAGAAUAUAAUUUGGACAGAGAAAAUCAAAAAAAUUCACCACUGAGCAGGGCAGACAAGAUCCAGCCAUCUAUCAGAUUCGGUUUCCACAAGUUUCAUAAACCCUUCGGAAUAUCAGGUACUGGCGGUCGUCGAGCAAUAUAGCCCUGCAAGCAUCUGGUGCAGGACUGCCUUUGUAAGCCUUGCAGAUGUAGGCCAUGAAGUUUAGGUAGUCCUGGUUCAACAAAAAAAAAAAAAAACAGCUUCAUUUUAGAGAAUCACAGG